UGAUUGGCAAAUACGAAAAAAGAUUGACAGUAUCAAGUGGAGGGAAUGCAGGGGGCGGGCUGCAGUGUUAAAUGGGAGGGGUCACCGAAGAGUGGAGCUCAUUGAUGACGCGACCCUCACGUGACCAGGAGUCGACGUGUGCAGAAGUCCUUAUAGUCCAGGGCCUGUUUCCCUGUAGCCGCUCGGUAUUGCUGGAGAAGGAGAAAAGUGCCCCCGUUCCUUUCAGGAUUAAUUUAUUUAAAAGAAAUAACAGAAAAAUACUCAACAUGCAAAAGUCUUGUGAAGAAAAUGAAGGAAAACCACAGAACAUGCCAAAGACGGAGGCAGACCGCCCUUCGGAAGAUGUACCACAGGAGGCAGAUGGAAAUCCUCAACCUUCCCAAGAAGGUGUAAGCCAGGAAGCAGAAGGAAAUCUUAGAGGAGGGCUGACCCAGCCUGGCCAGGGGUAUAAAGAGGACACUCCUGUGAGGCAUUUGGACCCUGAAGAAAUGAUAAGAGGAGUAGAUGAGUUGGAAAGGCUUAGGGAAGAGAUAAGAAGAGUAAGAAACAAGUUUGUGAUGAUGCAUUGGAAGCAAAGACAUUCACGCAGCCGUCCUUACCCUGUGUGCUUUAGGCCUUGAAUUCUUUUUUUGUCUGAUAUUAAAAUCUGGCCCCUGCUUCUUUCUGUUAGUGUUUUCUGAUGUAUCUUUGACCUUCGUUUUACUUUAAUCAUCUGGUGAAAUUUUGUUUUAGGUAGUUUCCUUGUUACCAACAUCUCACUGGAUUUUGUAUUUUGACCCAUUCUCCAGGUCUGUUUUUCAAUUGGAAAGUUUCACACAUUUGCAUGGAAAUAUAUUCGUUCUAUAUUGUAAAGUAAAACAUAACAGGUUAUAAAGCGGUAUAUUUAGUAUCAGCUCACAUAUGUAGGAUUAAAUCCCAAAUUUGUGUGGGUGUGUGUUAUACAUACAGACAUAUAUCAAAAAACGUAACUGCUUA